AUGUUUUGGAAUAUUUUGAUCAUUCUUUUCAUGUUUUUCUCAGGAAUCGAGCUUAUCAAUCGCUCUGUAUUAUUAUCACCUUUAUCAUCAUCGCCAUCAUCUUUAUCAUUAUCUCCCUCCAAGUUUACAUCCCUUUCAUUAAUACGAACUUAUUAUACUGCACAACCGCCACAUCAUUUCACCUAUACAACUUCACUUAAUUUUGAAAAUGAUCAAAAUGGCCUAACUGUCAAUGAUAUCACCAAGUUGCGACAGAUUGUGAGCAGAAUGAAUCAAAAUUUACAAUCAAUGACAACGUUUCAUCAACAAUUAUCAAAUGACUAUUAUAACAAGAAACAGGGACAAACUGAUAAAUCAGAUAAUAAUCUGCAAUUAACAUCAAAUAUUGAUAAUCGAUUAUGGCCUUCUCAUAAAACUAUUCCGGAAAAUAUGAAAGAAGAAGGACAGUGGUAUUACGAUCGUAAUUAUUUGGAUUAUAAUCCGGAAGAUCCGAGAAUCGAGUCCUCUUUUCGACUGGUUCAUGAAUUACCUAAUGAUAUAAAUGAUACAGUCACUCAUAUUUCGCAAAUCACCAAUGAUUCAAUUUUGCAUUCUGUUGCAGUAAAACUAGGAUUUGGUAUUGGUUUAUCAUUACUAAUACUCCUAUUGAUCAUCCUUAUUGCCAUUCUGUGUCGAGGAUGGUUACGACGAAAUUUGCUAUCAGAAAAUAACAUUGAUAACAAUUCAUCUAAUCGUGAUUUUUGUUUUAAUUGUAAUUUUGGUGGAAAAACAGCGAUACAGAAGAUAACGAAUUUCAGUAUCAGAAAAACACAGAAGCAUUAUAAAGAUGAAAACAACCGAUGCAUUAAAGGAAUUUACGAUGUUGAAAAUUUAUGGUUGCUAGAAAAAUCACGAUUAGUGGUAUUUCAUGAAAUGAAACUUGGUUCUGGCGCAUUUUGCAAUGUCUACAAAGGCGCUAUUAAAGGGUUUGCGCCAAUUUGUAAAAUAAAUCCAUCAUUAAUAUCUACUGGAAUAUUCAAAGAUUGCAUGUGUGCUGUAAAAAUGCUUCCUUCUAUUGCAGAUGACAUUGCGCAUGCUGACUUUAUCCAGGAAAUAAAAUUUAUGAAAUCACUCAAAUAUCAUCCACAUUUGAUAAGUAUGCUUGGUAUAAGUAUUGACAAUAAUGGUAACACUAUGCUUCUUACCGAAUAUUGCGAUUUGGGUGAUCUUUUACACUUGGUACGAAAUAGAAAAGGCGAAAUUAUUAUGAAUCAUACAAACGAACAUUCAAAAUUACGAAUCAAAGAUUUGGUAUCGUUUGCAUGGCAAAUCAGUAAUGGAUUAGAGUACUUGAGCAGUAUAGGAUGCGUACAUCGUGACGUAGCUGCACGUAAUAUACUUGUCAAUGCUACAAAUAUUUGUAAGAUAGCUGAUUUUGGUUUAUGUCGAUUAUCCGAUUCGUUUAUUUACACUGGUUGUGGUGGAAGGUUGCCGCUAAAGUGGAUGGCACCGGAAUCAUUACGAUCAUAUGAAUAUUCAGUUAAAACCGAUGUAUGGUCUUAUGGCAUACUACUUUAUGAGGUAUUUUCAUUUGGUGAAGUACCUUAUGCACUUUUGCAAACAACCGAAAUUCUUGAUUUCCUAAAUUCAGGUGCUCGUCUUAGCCAACCACAAUAUUGUCCAAUUAAUAUAUAUACGCUGAUGCUUCAAUGUUGGCAAGAUGGACCAUCCUUGCGGCCCAGUUUCACAGAAAUUUGUGCCACUUUGCGAAUGAUUCUGGAAGAUAACUUUGGACAUUAUGGAUAUAUUAAUUCCACCAAUUGA